AAAUCUGGUCACACUGAAAUCACAACACGAAUUCACAGCCACACCAAUAAUAGUCAUUGAAUCUAAAGUCGCAAAAUUGAUAUUGUCAGGAAUUUUAAAGGGAUAUCACGUAAAAAACGAAAAUGUACCAGGAAUACCUCAACCAGCUUCAGACCACCAUCGCGCCACUGGGCUCCGAUGAGCUGAAGGAGCUGCUGAACGACGACGACAAGGUGGAUGAGAAAGUGGACGAGGUGCUGCAGGCGCUGCGGACGGAGAAGAUCAGUGUCUUUGAGGACAACAGGAGUCGGGCGGAGCGCAAUAUUGAGCGGGAGCCACAGAUCAUAGAACUGCGCGGGCGGGUGGCGGAGCUAUCGGAGGAAGGACGCACCAGGUGCGCCGCCGUUCAGGAAAAGCUGGGACAGGUCAAGGAGAAAUCUGGGGGAAUGGGACCAGAAACUGCGCUAGCGUUGCUCCAAACCGCCACCUCAGAGAGCGAGGAACAGACCGAGGAGAUGAUCAAGAAGUUCAACGACAACGAACUGGGUGUGGAGGCAUUCCUGGAGGAGUUCCUCGCCAGCCGGCGGACCAUGCACUUACGUCGCCUCAAAGCCGAGAAGAUGCAGGAUUUGAUGCGCAAACAGCGUCAGGGACCACCACCAGCAGCUGCUCUGCCAGCCUACGGCAACAUUCCAUCCAGCGGAUUCUAUCCCUCAGCCACUGGCUCUGUCCCAUAUCCGAUCAUGGGCCCAAUGAUGCCAAUGCCUCCACCAUCCAGGCCCUACUGAGAGUUCGGUCCAGUAGCCGUUUCCUGGUAACUGCCAUGUGGGGGGAAAAGGGUAGUGGAAGAUGACGCAACAAGCAGGCGAUAAUCGGGGAAACUGCGUAGUUCCAGAGUUUGCAAUUGCCCUUCGGGGUGCUCCGAUCCGAUGAGUCACUGAGUCAUGGUCGGCAUAAAACGCAUUCGUUAUCAAGUUAAAAACUGCGUUUAUUGUUUAAAAUUUCAGAAUCUUCAGUUUAAGUACAUAUUGCUCUUCGGGUUCGUGUUCUGUCGGCAAUGAAUGGGUUAAUUGCAAAUCAGAUGGAACAUUCUGGCUAGGAUUUAAAAUUAACAUUUGAGUUGCUCUACUUCUCUGCCAGCACUAAACUAUAAUAUGUAUAUGUAUAAAUUAAGCGAAAAUUAACAUUAAUAUUAGACAGUGAACAUUGCUUGUAAAAAAUAAAAUUUUCGAUAUAAAAAAAAAGA